AUGAGUUGGUGGUGGGCGAGAGCAACUGGCACAGGCAAGACCCUGAAACUGGACGAAGCAGAAGAAUCUCGAAGCUUCCAGAGCGUGGCACUAAUUAUAGGCGUGACGGGCAUCGUUGGCAAUAGCCUAGCUGAAAUUCUACCUCUCCACGACACACCUGGCGGUCCAUGGAAGGUUUACGGUGUGGCUCGCCGUGCAAGACCAAGUUGGGACGCGGAUAACCCCGUCCACUAUAUCCAGUGCGACAUCUCGAAUCAAAACGACGCUGAAUCGAAACUCUCGGGCUUAACCGACGUCACCCACAUCUUCUACGUUUCGUGGACCAGCAGGCCCACGGAGGCCCAAAACUGCGCUAUCAACGGUGCCAUGUUAAGGAACGUUCUACGUGCCAUCAUUCCAAACGCUCCCAAUCUCUGCCACGUGUCCCUUCAGACAGGUACCAAGCACUACGUAGGACCAUUCGAGCUUUUGGGUAAGAUCAAGGCCCAUGAUCCACCCUUCACAGAGGAUUUGCCACGAUUAGAUGCACCCAAUUUCUAUUACACUCAAGAAGAUAUAUUGUUGGAAGAGGUUCGUAAGAAGGAGGGGUUGACGUGGUUCGUUAAUCGACCACAAGUUAUCUUUGGUUUCUCUCCUUACAGUUUGAUGAAUCUCAUUGGGACGCUUUGUGUUUACGCCGCUAUUUGCAAGCAUGAGGGUGUUCCCUUGUGGUUUCCCGGUUCCAAAGAAGCGUGGGAGUGUUAUUCCAUUGCUUCCGAUGCUGAUUUGAUUGCGGAGCAACACAUUUGGGGUACGGUGGAGUCUCAUUCCAAGAACGGGGCUUUUAACUGCAACAAUGGUGAUGUUUACAAGUGGAAGCAUUUGUGGAAGGUGUUGGCGGAACGGUUUGGGAUUGAGGAAUAUGGGUUUCUAGAUGGUUCGAAUUUAAGGUUGUCGGAUAUGAUGAAGGAUAAGGGGUACGUGUGGGAAGAGAUUGUGAGGGAAAAUGGGUUGCAGAAAACAAGGCUUGAAGAGGUUGGGGACUGGUGGUUUUCGGAUGUUUGGCUGGGAAUGGAGGCGGUGUUGGAUAGCAUGAACAAGGCCAAAGAGCAUGGCUUUUUGGGAUUUAGGAACUCCAAGACUUCGUUUGUGAAUUGGAUAGAUAAGACCAAAGAAUACAAGAUUGUGCCCUGAGGGUUUUGAUUGUUACGCGGGGAGUUUCUAUAUAUUAAUGAAUAAAACACGAGGGGAGAAGUUCAUUUUCCAUGUAUCCAUGUCUGUGUUUAGUGUUCAUUUUGUAGUAAUGCGUGUGGCAUAUUGUUUGGGGGUUUCUAUAUAUUAAUGAAUAAAACACGAGGGAAGGAGUUCAUUUUCCAUGUAUCCAUGUUUGUGUUUAGUGUUCAUUGUGUAGUAAUGCGUGUGCCAUAUCGUUUAUAUGGUUGCUUUGUAUGUAUGUGAUAACAAUA